AGCAACAAUACGAAUAGUAGAAACCAGCAGCAGCAGCAAGAAACCGCUUCUCUCUCUUGUUUCACCAUGGGCCGCACCAACACCAAAAAGCAGGAGGCGCGGAUGGCGCGCUUGAGCAAGCUCCCGCAAUCGGAGCGCCUGAAGAAGAGUGCCCUCAUCAAGAAGAAGGAAGGCCGCGUGCUCGAUGCAGCAGAGAAGCACGCGCUCAAGAUGUCGUCUGAGCACGGCGAGAUGAUGAACCUGUGGGCAAAGCUACGCACCUUGGAGGACCGCAGCGAGAACGCGUCCACCUCCGCCGCUCCCGCCUCCGCCAGCAAGAAGACGGCCUACGAACACAAGUACCCGGUGGUGGACAAGCUGAUGCACUUGAUUGAGCCGAAAUUUGCUUCCCUCAUGCGCACCCCGAGUGCGAGCCGUGUGAUCCAGUCCAUGAUCAAGUACGGCUCCGCGGAGCAGGUGGGUAAGAUAAUGAAGUGGGUCGCGAAGGAUUUUGCGGCCAACGCGACAAACGCGUACGGCCAUUUCGUGGUGUGUGCGCUGAUCCGCCACGUGUCCCACGACGCCUACAAUAAGCUGCUCGCCCACGUGAUCCCUGCUGUGCCGCAGCUCGUCACGCACAAGUUCGGCAUUGAGGUGAUCCACGCCGCGUACAGCAGUCGUUGGUGCAACCCAGCGGACCGCAGUCUGCUGCUGUUGGCCGUCUUCAAGGACAACGUGGCUGUCAUGAAGCGCUGGCCCGGCUACCCGGACAUAGAGGAGGUGCUGCGACUCAACCCCGCCCUGCAGAAGCGCCUCCUCACCCGUCUCUUCGACCUCAGCGAUAAGUUGGUGUCCCUGAAGGAGGCGGUGGGCUUCCCGUUUGUGCAGCGGCUCGUCAACGCGUUCGUGCGGUGCGGCACCCGCGAUGAGGUGAGUGAGCUGUGCGAUACGCUGCGGCCAUACAUCGCCACCAUCGCCGUCACCCGCGAAGGGGCGCCGCUCGCCUCCCUCGCCUUCUCCUUGACGGAGCCGAAGAAUCGGAAGGAGGUGCUGCGCAGCCUCAACGCACAGCUGGGCGAGCUGAGCACGAACAAGUACGCCGCUCCGGUCGUGGCGCGUCUCUUUGAUCUCCUUUACGAUGCGCAGAUGAUGAGCAAGUACGUCUCGAAGGACCUCGCGGAACACAUUGGGCAGGUGAUCAACAGCCCCUACGGCUACCAAAUUCUUAUGCACCUGCUGACCCCACACGACGAGCGCAAGUCGAAGUUUCUGCUGCCUAACUGGCAGGAGCACAACCUCUUCUCGAUGGAGAAUAAGGAGUGGAACCACCACACGUGGCUCACCGCCGACUACGCGAAGGAGACAGUAGAGAUCUGCAGCAAGCCGGCGGUCACGUCGCACCUCACCGCGCUGCCGCUACUGGUGAAGGCCUUCCUCGCCUACGUGGCGGACGAGACGAACAGCGAAAAGCUGAAUCGCCACCACGCCGCCCUCAUCGCACGCGAGGUGCUACACGUCUCGCAGCACGAGCCUCUCUACGCCGCCGCCCUGCAGCUGACGGAGGCGGAGGUGCAGACGCUGUCGAAACUUGCCCCGGCACAGGGCAAGCGUGAACGGAAGGUGGAGGCGGAGGAGGCGGAGGAGGCGCAGGCGCUGCCCGCCAAACGUGCGAAGCGCGACAGCGGUGCGCCGUCCUCAGCUUCUUCCUCAUCUGCUGUGGCGGCUGCUUCAGACAAGACGCCAAAACGGAAGGCGAAGGCGGACACGACGACUGAACCCGCGGGAAAGGACGUCAAGCGGCUCAAGACGAAAGCGAAGAGGGCGUGA